AUGGUGGGAACAGGCUCAAAGGCGAAGCCUGUCAGGCGCCUGAAAACAGGCACCGAAACCACUAAAAAUCACCGAUUCGAGGGUUUCUCAUCACGCAUCUCGAAGCUCAAAAUCGACCCGAUUCACCGCGUGCGCCGGGACAGUUUUGGCGAAGAUGAAGACGAAACAUCCUCGUAUUUCCGGUCGGCUCUCGAUCAUUGGUUUGAAAUGAACCUUUCAGACAGUUUUACAACAUUCGUACGGCGUGUCAACCCUCUGUCCGAGAGCUUUGCGCAAGUCCUAUACCACGAAGAAAAGAUUAUGGAACUUUUGGUGGAAUUCAUUGAGAAGAGAGAGCAGAUCUCUAUGGAACCGCUGUUGAGUCUGCUUGCACAAUUCGCUCGGGAUUUGGGAGUCAAGUUCGAAAAGCAUUUCGCUACGGCGGUGACACUGGUGUCAUCCGUUGCGGCCACACACCCAAACAUUGAGGUCGUUGAGUGGAGUUUCACUUGCCUGGCAUGGAUUUUCAAGUUCCUCUCUCGAUUAUUGGUGCCAGAUCUACGACAGUUGCUCGGUAUCAUGGCCCCAUAUCUCGGCAAAGAGCGACAAAAACCGUUUGUGGCAAGGUUCGCCGCCGAGUCGAUGUCGUUCCUCAUCCGAAAGGCCGGGCUCACAUACUACAAGAAUCCAGCACCUCUCGAGAUUGCCAUAUCAUUCUUGUUUGACGACAUUUCGAAAACCGCCGAGGACAACAAAGACACCGAGAGCUACAGAGGAGGACUGAUGAACAUGUUCUCCGAUGCCAUCCGGGGAGUCAACAAUGGACUACACUCCAAUGGUAUGGACAUCCUCCACUGCAUUCUGCGUCAGAUCCCGCCGACCAGCGAACACCGCAACGAUCCCGCAGAAGUUGUAUGCGGUUUGAUGGUCAGUCUCGUUCACGCCACAACCCCCGAAACAUUCGGCCCGAUUCUCGACACAGUCCAAGCCUAUAUCGAAGAGCGCUCAAAAUCUACUACCCCGAACCCUAAUCUCACAGAGUGCUGCCGUAUAAUGUUCCUUCUUGUAACAACCCGUAAGGGUGUCAGAAUUCAAAACUGGAAGAUCGUCCAUCAGAUCCAAAUCUCUCUGCUUCAGCAGGUUUCGGUAUCCGAUGUAUCCCCAGAAACGACAUCAAAGCUUCUUACAAGCGUUGCAUAUUCCCUGCAACAGUCCCCAAUGGACGAGCUGCUCCCAUCUCUCCGCACCAUCGUGGACCUGGUGUCCACUGGUGCGCUUUCAAAAUAUUUCUUAUUCUUUUGUACAACAUUUUCAGAGUGGGGAUCCGAGAGAUUCCAGAGCUUGCUUCUUUCGCCUUUCCAAAAGUUCAUUAACUCAUCAUGGCAAAAGUCGGAGCGGGAGACCUGCUUCACCCUGCUCCGUCUGCACCAGGCUGGCUGCAUCACCCCCGAAACCUCGCAGCCCGGCUACAUCUCCUGCCCGGAUACUUUCAAGUCCCGCAUUAAUGAUUCUUUGGAGUACCCUGCAAAGGACGAGGCCUUCUUGAACGCAUUGGUGAAACUUCCUACCGCUAUAUCAUUGUUCGCAGACAAUGCUACCAUGUUGAACAUGGUUUCCAAGUUGCAUAGUAACCUUUUGUCGGCCUUCAAAGAUGGUGCCGCUGAAGGCAAUAAUGACCAGACCAAGGGCCUCAUGUUCUUCCUUGGUCAAGGAUUCAAAACAUAUGUCAAACUCGCCAACAGAGUUGACAAGCUUGACUCAAAACUCUUGCAGCCCAUCAUCGCUACUGCUACACGAUUCUCCCGUCUGCCUGUCUUCUUAGAGGGCGCGCUUACUUUCAUCACAUCCCUCCCAGAGUCCGCGGAUCUGGAACACCCCGCCCUGGAAGCCUUUGCUCAGGAUUUAAUCGUGAACCUGGCCAGCCCAUCGCACAGGCUCAGGCUUGUGUCUCUUCAGAUCCUACGCGAGCUGGUUGUUCGCAUUGCCAAGGAAGAUCCCACGCCUGUGGAAUUGGCCAUCGAAAUCGAAGAAAGCCCACUGACCAUGGACAGCGUGAGGACUAUCUCCAUGCAUAUUCGAAAGCUCGCCCUUACCUACCCUCAAAUCUCCGACCGUAGAUGGAUGGCCACCUUAGUUCCUUACUUCUGCUUCGGUUUGUUCUCAAAAAAACUGGCUCCGUUGUGGGACGACUCCGCUGCAACUCUGAAGGCUAUUAGCGAACACCCGGCGGGCGAGAAGAUCGUGUCCGACCUGUCAAUUCAAUGGCUGCAAGAGCGGGACUCCGAGGUGCUCAACGAAGCUGUACCGGAAGAUGACGAAAGCUCUUUCGUCAACAGCCAUUUCCAGUGCUACAAUGUCGCGAAGGUUGAAAAGAUUCUCGCCGCGAAUGCUAGGAACACGGAAGAUCCCCAAGCUGUCUUGUCUCAACAAUUCAAGCAAGAUCAUGCCGUUGCCCAAAUUCUUCCCGCCACUCCGCGAACCCAUGCCCUCCGUGUAUUGAACGCCGUCCCAGGAGUUGCCGAGAAGCGUUCGCCUGGCGAGGCGAAGGAUGAGGAUGCCGAGGAUGCUGCCGAGGAUGUUGAUAUGAGCGAUGCGCAGGUUCGCUGGGGCUUCCGAGACAGAUUGUCUAUGCUUUCUUUGUUCGCGCGAUUCCUCAACCCUGUUGUGUUGUUCAAGGCCCCCGAGGUUCACACGGCAGUCUUAGGACUUUUGUGUCACGGUAAUUCCGACCUACAGAGACAUGCCCUCAAGGUUCUUUUCACCUGGAAAGAUCCCAAUGUGCUCCCGUAUCAGGAGAACCUGCUUAAUCUCCUGGAUGAAUCUAGAUUCAAGGAUGAGCUUUCUGUGUUUGUGAAUGUUGGUAGUGAAGAGAGUUUGAUCAAAUCCGAGCACCGAGACACCCUCCUUCCUGUGCUCUUGCGACUCUUGUACGGACGAAUGAUCUCCAAGGCUGGCUCAGCCGCCGCAGGCCAAGCUGGCAGACGCAAGACCAUUCUUCGCACUAUCUCGCAUCUCUCAGAGCAUGACUUUGGGCUGUUCAUUCAACUCGCAUUUGGUCCUCUUGCAGGUGUGCGCCCCGUCAAGGACAACAAUGAUCUUGACCCAAGUGUCUACGACCAAGAUCUGACAAGUCCUAAGAGACAGUUGGGUCUACUCAAGUUGAUUGACUCUGUCUUUGAAUCCCUUCAAACCCGCAUGACCAAGUUUGCGCCGCAAACCAUGGACGUUGUUGUUUACUGUCUGGUGCGAGCAUGCCGGGCCAUCUCCAACGAGAGUACAGAUGAGCGUCACUUGGCUGUGUUCCAAAGCAUCCGUCAGACAUGUAUCAAAUGUCUCAACCUGGUAUUCUCGAUCGUCUCUGACCGAGACUGGACCCCCUAUGUCCGUAUAAUCUUCAAAGAGAUGAUCGACAGCAGAAUGGACCAAUUCCCUAUUGAGACCGCCCAGGGUGUUUCAGGGCUUUUGCGCUUGUUCCAUACUUGGGCCUCCUUCCCCAGGUCCACAUUCUACUUGGUGCAACACAAUGACAAGGUAUUGACUAAGGUCAUCGAUUGUCUCGCAGUUGAAUCCGCACGCGAUGAAGUCAAGACCUAUGUCUUGGAUGAAAUCAUUGUGCCCCUGGUUGCCCAUUCUACUGGGAAACCCCUGCAAGAAAGCGAAGAGAUGCCUGACUUCCCAGCCGAGCAAAUCAAGACCGAGGUCCUCUCUCCCUACUUGGAGCACGCUCUAUUCCACCUCGGGCGCCUUCUCAAGAGAGGUCCAUCAAAGCCCGUUCUCUAUUCAGGAGUCAAUGCCCUUUCGUUGGUGGCCCCCUGUGUCGAGUCCUCUAAAGAGACCGCCAGCCUCAUCAGCAUUACGACAUAUAUGCUUCGGCAACCCCCAGACCGUGUUAGCCCAAGAACCAAAUCUGGUUUGUUGAAGAUUCUUGAGCACUUCUUGCCCCUGUGGGACCCCAAGGAAGAUGCCGAGCUUGCUCAGCAGGUGUUCGACGCAGUUUGCUCGAUGUUUGAUUAUUUCAAAGAUGAUUCGAACAGAGAGGUGCUGUCCAGAGUCUUCGCCGCUUUUGCUACUCAUGAUGAGCAGCUUAAGGAAGUGGCUGAGCUUUGUGCAGACUUGAACUCUCGCUCGUUCAAGAGACUUGAGCCCGAUUACGAGAGACGUUUGAAUGCUUUCAGAAAGAUCACUGACGAGCUGUCCCAAAUUUUAACUGCGAAGCAAUGGAGGCCUCUUCUCUACAACAUGCUCUUCCAUGUCAGGGAUGAAGAUGAGCUCUCUGUCCGAUCCAGCGCCUCUUUCGGUCUGAGGCGGUUCAUUGACAGAACCUGCACUGAACCAGACGCUGAGUUCGAGGCCCUGAUCAACGACGUUCUGUUCCCAUCUUUGCAGUACGGUAUCCGUCAGAAGUCCGAACUGAUUCGCUCGGAAGUCGUCGCUGUUAUUGGCUACUUUGUUAAGCUCAAUCCCACCAGACCCUCUGUGCAAGACAUGCAUGUCCUCCUGGUUGGCGAUGACGAGGAAGCUUCUUUCUUCACCAACAUUCUUCAUAUUCAGCAGCAUCGUCGUCAACGUGCUUUGCGCCGUCUGGCUGGAGAUGCCGCUCAAGGUAGCAUUCAAGCAUCAAACCUGGGCUCCAUUUUCAUUCCCCUGAUUGAGCAUUUCGUGUUCGAGGAUGCCGCUGAUGAAAAUGCUCACAACCUAAUCGCCGAAGGUGUUGCGACCCUCGGGGCCCUUUCAGAAUGGCUGGAAUGGGGUCAGUUCCGCGCCAACUUCCGGAGAUACCGUAGCUACAUGGCGAGCAAGCCUGAAAAGGAGAAGAACAUUCUCAGAUUGCUCGGUCGCAUGUCGGAUGCUCUUUCCAGUGCAAUGAAGCGAAAGAAGGCGACGAUGGCCCAUACCGAUGGCCAAACCGAUGCCGACGAUGACAAGAUGGAAAUUAUUGAGCAGCCCAUGUGCACACUCGCAAAAUCCGUUCCCUCUCUUGCAAAAGUUGCGACGGAAUUGACCACCAAUUUCAUUCCUUUCCUAACCAAGUACAUCCACCACAAGCAGGAGAAGGAGAUGAGUCUGCGUCUCCCUGCUUCGAUCACCACCGUCAAGCUCCUCAUGAUUCUUCCCGAGGAGGAGCUGGCUAUCCGUUUGCCACCUGUCUUACAAGAUGUCUGCACUACUCUCAAGAGUAAAGCACAGGAUUCUCGCGAUACAGCGCGGAAGACACUCAAUGAACUUUCACUUCUUCUGGGUCCUGUCUAUUUCGGCUACAUCCUUAAGGAACUCCGUACCGUCCUAGCGCGCGGUUACCAACUUCACGUUCUCUCAUUCACUGUCCACUCCAUGCUUGUGUAUACCACCGAUCACUUCAAACAAGGAGAUCUGGACUAUUGUUUGAAAGACCUGGUUGCUGUCGUCAUGGAUGACACCUUCGGCACAGUCGGCCAAGAGAAGGACGCCGAAGGAUACACCAGCAAGAUGGUCGAGGUGAAGAGCAGCAAGAGUUACGACUCUAUGGAACUACUCGCGAAGAUUUCCACCAUCGGCCAAUUGUCAAACUUGAUCAAACCUUUGCAGGCCCUACUAGGAGAAAAGCUGAACUCCAGCCUCGUCAAGAAGCUCGAUGAGCUUAUGCGACGAAUUGGAAUUGGAUUGUUGAGAAACCCCGAUGCAGAAAGCCGUGAUCUGUUGGUCUUCUGUUACGAAGUCAUCAAGGAGUCAUACCGGGCAAAUGCCCCAGAGGAGGCCCAGGCCGCCCCCAAGUCCAGAUCCGAGGAACGAUUCUUGGUCAGGUUGCAAGGAGCCAAGCGAGGUGAUAAGAGGGGUACAACCUCCUCCCACGUCUACAAGCUCACCCGGUUCUCGCUGGAUGUGCUCCGUGCGAUCCUCAACAAGUUCAAUUCGUUGUUGACGGCUUCUAACUUAUCUGGAUUCAUUCCCAUCAUCGGCGAUUCGCUCGUUCAAGCCCAGGAGGAAGUAAAGGUCUCUGCUCUCCGUCUGCUGUCUACGAUCAUCAAGCUCCCACUCCCUGCGAUUGACGAGAACUCGCAUGUCUAUUUCACCGAAGCAGUCAAGCUUGUUAAAGAGUCUCCCAGCACCAACACUGAGGCAGCCCAGGCAUCCCUGAAGUUGAUUUCCUCCAUGCUGCGUGAGCGCAAGGACACCAAGCUCCGUGACGGCCACCUUGCUUACUUGCUUAAGCGUCUGACAUCCGAUAUCGAAGAGCCAGAUCGCCAGGGUGUGACGUUUAACUUUAUCCGAGCGGUGAUGUCCCGGAAACUCGUCGUGCCGGAAAUGUAUGAGCUGAUGGAUCACAUCGCGACCAUGAUGGUUACCAACCAGACUCGGUCUGCCCGUGAUCUUGCCCGAGGCACCUACGUCCAUUUCCUGAUUGAGUACCCGCAGGCGAAGAGCCGAUGGACCAAGCAACUUGCAUUCUUUGCGAAGAACCUGGACUACAAGCAUCAAUCCGGACGGCAGUCUGUUAUGGAGGCAAUGCACACUCUCCUUUCAAAGACUGGCCCAGAAUUGGCCCAGGACAUCAUUAGCACCUUCUUCCUGCCUAUUGUCCUUGCUAUGGCAAACGACGAGUCGCCCGAAUGUCGCGAGCUGGCAGGUACUCUGCUAGGAGAGUUCUACAACCGUGCGGAUCGGGAGCAGAUGAAGACCAUCCUCACUCCACUGCGGUCAUGGUUGGAGCAGACGGAUAACAUGGCUCUCUGCAGUAUUGGAUUGCAGGCCAUGCGCAUUUACUUUGAAGCUGAGCAGACCGAGAAAGACAAGCAGGCUCGCUUUGUCAUUGGAAUUCUUCCGGGUCUGAUGCAGCCCGUUCUUGACGAUCAUGAGAAUGGCAAUUGGGAAGCUCUCUACUUCGCCUUGCAGCUCUUCACAAAACUUUGCAAGACCGCCUCCACGCUCGCUCUGAGCCCGGAAUGUGCCUCUAUUUGGGCAUCUGUCCAGGAGUCAUUGUUCUUCCCCCACGCAUGGGUCAAGACCUGCGCCGCCAACCUUAUGGGCUUGUGGAUGGCCGAUCUCGCCAAGACAAAUGCUGCCAUAGGUUACGCUUCUAUUCCCUUAAUUGGAAGCUCUGGUCUCGCAAUGGACAAGCCGGCAAUGCUUCAAAUUCUUCGCGCUGGACUCCGCAGUCUCCGCACCCCGGGUAUCACGGAAGAGCUGGCUAUGCAGAGCGUGCGCAACACCGUCUUCCUUGGACGUUGUUGCUCCCAGAAUGGGCUGGAACUUCCAAGACUAGCAAGCGAGGAUGUCGAAUCCGAGGACGAGGAGGAUGCUGACAGCGACGCUGAGGAGGAGACCAAGGAUGAAGUCAAGGUGGAAUCCAACAGAUCUGCCAUGCACUACAUCUUCAAGCAGAUCUCUUCUCUUCUGCGCCGGGAAACUAUUGGUGGACGAGCACAGGCCCUUAUUCCUAAGACAGCCUCCAUCACACUUCUUGCCGCACUCAUUCGUCAUAUCGAUGUUGACCAGAUCCGUCCUUCUCUCCGUGUCAUCCUUAUUCCCCUGCAGCACCUGACAGAUCCAUCUAUCCCGGCGCCACGCUCGUCGGAUGAGACCUUCCAGAAUACGUACAAGUCCCUUGUGUCCAAUUGUCACGAGGUUUUGGACCUUCUUCAGAAGAAGCUCGGUACUUCGGAGUACGUGGAGCAGAUCUCCAGGGUCCAGGCGGCUAUCAAGGAACGCCGUGAAGGGCGACGGGCUAAGCGUCGUAUUGACGCGGUUGCUGAUCCCGAAAAGUACGGACGUGAGAAGAUGAAGAAGAACGAGCGGAAGAGAGACAAGCGCCGCGAGAAGGGCUUGGAGCACCGUGGAAAGAGACGCGGUUGGUAG